UUUUAUCUCAACCAAUUCGGCCGGACAACCCAUCACCACCACCCAAUUUAGCUCUCCAUCACGAUAUACGUCUCCUCCAUAGGUUAUUAUACCGGCCCGCCCUCCGUGGACUUUAUAUACACGCCUGCGCUCCCCCUCCCCGGUCACCUUGGGGCCCCCAAACACACCACCGCAAGAUGUCGUCCCUCCCAAUAGCGUUCUCCUCCGCCUCGAUGAUCUCCCGGCUCUUUCCUCGACUCUCCCUCCAAUUCCCACACACAACAAGCCAAUUGCUACGAUAUACCCAUACCCCGAACUCCUUCCUGGUAGCCGCUGUAGCCGCUCCCGCAGCCAUCACCCUCGGAAUUCCCGCGAUCCUCUCUGAUAUCUGGGACUCGGUCCUGCGCGCCGUGCCCAAGAAGAAGACCUCCCAUAUGAAGAAGAGACAUAGACAAAUGGCCGGAAAGGCUUUGAAGGACCGCCUAGAUCUGAAUACCUGUUCGAGCUGUGGGCAGACUAAAAGGGCGCAUUUGUUGUGUCCGACUUGCGUCAGCGAAAUAAGACAGGAAUGGAGAGAUGCGGAAAAGAAGACGGCUCAAAGCUCGUGAAUUUCUUUUUCUACGCUCUGUUGUAUAUCAUGCUUUUUGGGAAGGUAAAAUGCGCUGUACCAUAACGCCCCGCGCAAAGGAAUAUAUAAAGAGUGGGUUUUCUGUGGGCAUAGCAUUUGGCGUUUUGGAUUUGAUAUCACGAUACAAUUGUAUUGUUAUUUUAUAUCUUUUUCUCUAUCUAUCUAUUACUUUUCCAGCUACUCGCCUCGGUGUCUAUAAACUCUUGGUAAUAUUGCAACGGAAAGCCAAUCGACCAUAGAUUUCUAGAUAUUUAACUGUAAAGAAAUAUCACUACGUUUAAAUUUGAUGAAGGUGUAAUGUAAUAUUAACAGUGAUAUAAUAGCAAAUACAUACUUAUCUUUUGUAAUCGAAAAAAAGAAAAAAAAAUCAUUGUCGUACCUAGCGGAUCCGAACCCCCCAACUAAAUAUCAGCAAAAACUCUCGAAGCCUCUCACUGACGUCUUUGGGUCAAACUUGGUAUAGAACAACAAUUCCACACCUCACAACAAGCAAAACCACACCACAUCACCAUGAUAGAACACAUCUCAAGCCCAUAAACAUGUCAAAGCAAUAUUUGACCCUACAUACAAUCGACAAUGCUCACCCCGUCGAGAUAUUCUCUCUCGCCUUAACCCCGAGCCAACUGAUAUCCUGCUCGGGCGCAUCUUCGCUCAAAGUCCACUCCACCGCCGAGACAGAUUUCCCCCUAGCCCAGUCCAUCGACGGCGCGCACAAGAUUGGCUGCCACCACCUAGCUGCAAGCAGGGAUGGCACAAGGCUUGUGAGCGUUGGGUUUGGAGGGGAGGUUAAGGUGUGGUCUUCCGUUGCGGGCGGGGUGUGGGUCGCGGAUGAGGGGGUUGGUGGAGCGACUGGUGGGAAGGGCGACACCAAGCGGAAAGUCAGCGAGAUAUGGGCCGCCGCACUCUCUUCGGAUGGUGAGUAUCUCGCCGGCACGACGCUGGAUGGACAUAUUAAAGUCUGGCACCUGGAUGGGACCGGGGAGGAUAGUAAGGUGUCUCAGAUCCGCGACCUGGAGACGAAGGGUAGCUUUGGCAUGUGUAUUGACCUGUCGGCAGACGGCAGCCUGACAGCAUCCGGCCACCAAAAUGGGAACGUCUAUAUCUUCCUCAAUGAGACGGGGCGGAUGAUACAUUCUCUGUCCGGCCUAGUCUUACCUGUGCGAGCCGUAACUUUCUCGCCGGGAGGAAAACUGCUUGCAGCAGCGGGCGACUCCAGAGUAAUUCAGCUCUAUGAAACGUCCUCUGGCGAGCAGGUAGCUACAUUAACGGGGCAUACGUCCUGGAUUACCUCUCUGGACUGGAGUCAUACCGGAGAAUUUCUUUUGAGCUCAUCCCUCGAUGGCAAGGUUAAAGUGUGGUCGAUUGAACGGAGGGCGUGUGUGGCGACGCACUCUGAGUCGGAUGUGGCUAUAUGGAGUGCGAAGUGGUUGCCAAAAGUUGGAGCGACGGCUGAGAAGUUUGUCACGGCGAAUGCUAAGGGGCGUAUCACUUUUUAUCGGGAGGCUACAGGGGGAUGAGAAUGAAAAAUAUAAAUGGAAGGGACGGGAUGAAGGGUAUCUCGUACGAGAUGAGGGGGUGGAGAUUCAUCGAGUACGACGUGGAUAUUAAAAUGCUGCUCCGGUUUGGAGGUGAGGCGACAGAAUAAGAAUUAAUAGGGGGAAUUGUUCAGUCCUUGGUCAUGUUUUAAUGAGACACAACAAAUAUAUAGACAUGCAAAGGGGAAGAAGCCCCGAGUCGUUAAUAAUAAACGAAAUAUAGUCAUUAACCAUUCCCUCAAACACCCAUCCAACAAUAAUCAUCAAAGAAUAAAGAAGACAAACAUGCCCAAUGUACAGAAUCCCCUCACUUCAAAGCCGCCACAAACAACCUCCUCAUCCUCUUCAAAAAAGCCCCAAAAUCCCUAUCAUCGUUCACAACCAUCAACUCCUGCUCCACCGCCUCCCUCUCUAGCUUCGGCCGGCAAUGGAAAACUUCAUAAUCCCUACUCGCCGUCCCCAGCUCAAACCACGCCUCCCGCUCCCAAUCCUUCUCCACUAAAUGCGUGUAGACAAUCCGAAGCCGAUCCUCGCGCCCAGCCCCUUCAAUACGCAGA